UCACUAGGAAGUUUUUCUCAAUAAUAUUUUUUCUUCAUUCAACUCGCAUUCUUGUUUCAUUGACGUUCCGCUUGUUUGUAAAUAAUAACCGCUGGAAAUAGUACGCAAUGUGAAAUACACGCAUUCCUCAACCGCAAGUGUACAUUACGUAAACUUUUGCUACUGUUAAACAAAUCCGUAAUUUGGUUAAUCUAAGUCUAACCUAUUCCUAUAAAAAUUUGAAGAAAAAAAUUCUUUAUUUAAUGUGAAAUGUGAUUAAAAAAUGCCGCCGUUUAGAAGAAAGAAGGCCUCUAAAUCAUUCCCAGUUAAAGUGUGUACAUUGGACGCUGAGUUGGAAUUUAAUUUAGAGUGGCGAGCAACUGGGAGAGAUUUGUUUGACCUUGUAUGUAGGACUAUAGGACUAAGGGAAACAUGGUUUUUUGGCCUUCAGUUUGAGGAUACAAAACAUUUUAUCAGUUGGCUGAAAUUGGAUAAGAGAGUCCAAGAACAAUGUGUCUCUCAAAUGCCAGGCACUCCAUUUAUGCUAUUGUGCAAGCUUUAUCCUGAAGAUGUCGCUGAGGAACUUAUUCAAGAGGUCACACAACACUUGUUGUUCUUGCAAGUGAAGCAGGCUAUAUUAAGUAUGGAUAUAUAUUGUCCUCCAGAAGCAUCAGUUUUGUUAGCUAGUUAUGCUGUCCAGGCUAAAUAUGGGGACUAUGAUGAAAGUGCUUAUAAGCCAGGUAUGCUCGCCAGUGAAGAUCUUCUGCCUCAGCGCGUCAUUGAUCAGUAUCAGAUGACCCCUGAGAUGUGGGAGGAAAGGAUUAAAAUAUGGUAUGCAGAUCACAAAGGUAUGUCGAGGGAUGAAGCGGAAAUGGAAUAUCUCAAAAUAGCCCAAGAUCUGGAUAUGUAUGGAGUUAAUUAUUUUGCUAUAAAUAAUAAAAAAGACACAGAUCUCUAUCUAGGUGUCACAGCUCUAGGUCUAAAUAUAUAUGAAAAGGACAAUAAACUCCAACCAAAAACUACCUUUCCAUGGUCAGAGAUCAAACAUAUUUCAUUUGAUGAUAAGAAAUUCGUUAUCAAAUUCGUCGAUAAAUCAGCAAAUAACUUCAUUUUUUUCUCGCCAAAAGGGAUGAAUAAAUUGAUAUUAGACCUGUGCAUCGGUAACCAUGACUUAUACAUGCGCCGGCGCAAGCCCGAUACUAUGGAAGUGCAGCAGAUGAAGGCUCAGGCCAAGGAGGAAAAAGUGCGUCGACAAGUAGAACGAAAUAAAUUGGCUCGCGAAAAGCAACUGAGGGAAGCAGCGGAAAGGGAAAGGGCCGCGAUGGAACAGAGAUUGUUGCAGUAUCAAGAGGAGAUACGUCUUGCUAAUGAAGCUUUGCGUCGUUCAGAAGAGACAGCAGAGCUGUUAGCUGAGAAAGGAAGAGUGGCAGAAGAAGAGGCAUCUCUUCUAGCACAGAAGGCGGCUGAUGCUGAAAGGGAUAAUGCUCGAUUGAGGUUGUCUAACAUACGGACUGAAGAGGAAAAGGUACAUUUAGAACGAAAAACCCGCGAAGCAGAAUUCUUAACUGCGCGUUUAGUGGAGGAAUCAGAAAAACGCGCGGCGGAAGCCGAUAGGCUUAAAUCGGAAUUACUAGCGGCGAGAGUAGCGGAAAAACAAGCGAAGGAAAAACUACUCAACUUCCUUAGUAGGACUUCUACUGGGUCUCUACCGCCGCCAUCAACCGUUCCAUCUUCUCUCUUCCCGUCUACGUGCUCUCUCCCGGCGGAGUUGAGUUGUGACGGUGUCGGAGUACUACAAAACGGAGGCUCCACACCACCGGAGCCCGAGUUGAAUUCCUACCAACUACUUCCUGAUGACUCGGAUCCGCACAUCCAUCGGCUGUCGUUGGAGAUUGAGAAGGAAAGGGUGGAAUACCUCGCAAAAUCCAAGCAUCUUCAACAGCAGUUAGACGAACUGCGUUGUGAAUUCUCGGUUUUGCGAGUGGAGCAGCAACCAGGAGCCACCUUGGACAGGAUUCAUGAGGCUCAGACGAGGGCCGGAGAUGACAAGUACUCCACUCUACGGCGGCUCAAACAGGGCUCAACGAAGACACGACUUGCCUUCUAUGAAGAGCUGUGAGGUGAAAGUACAAUGACAAGCAAUGCCACAAAUAUGUAUUAUUCUAGGACAUGGAAGUGACAAUUUGAAUAUUUUAUUUCUCUUCGUAAUUAGCACCUAGGUUUUGAACAAAGCGCAUAAUUUUUAUAUGUUCAUUUUUAUGGGGAAGAUUUGGUUAUUUUUUUAAAUUUAAAUAAUAGUUAAUAUUUCAACAUAAGUUACUAGUGUUAUUCAUAUAU